AUGAGUUCAUCGACGGAACCAGAUUUGCUGCAAAAGCGGCAAAAACAAAUUCAAGGGCACAUCAACUGUCUCAAAAGUAAGGAUUUUGCUUUAUUUUUGUACUUUAGUUAGUAUCGUUAAAGAAUUUGGAAAUGGUAUAUAAAUUUGUUUUUAGUAAUGUUAUGUUUGUGUUACCUAAAAUGGUGGUUUUAGUGGAAAAUGGCGAAUAUUUUUUUUCCUUUUUUUUGAUAUAAAUGACCUUUUUUUUGAUAUAAUGUGACUUAUGUUGAUGUAAAGACGAUUUCUUGGUUUAUAUAGUAUAUUUUUUAGUUCAAGCAUCAAAAAUCGUUGAAAUGCCUUAUUAUCUACAGCUUUUCAACAAACCAACUCUCAGCGAUUUUAAAGUUAUAGUUGGAGACAAAACAUUCCAUGUAAGUUUUCUUGUUUUUGUCUUAGUUUUUAGGUAUAAAUUCUUAACGUAAUCUAAAACAAGCUCAAAAUUCGCUUUUCUAGCUUGAUUUAUUCGACUCACUAUCUAAUUUUAGGUAGCAAAGCUGAGAUUGGCGAUGAAAUCAGAGGUCUUCAAGAAUAUGUUUGAAUCUGGAAUGAAGGAAGUUCUUGAAAGUCAACUAGUUAUGAAUGAAGACGAAGAAGCUGUCGAGGCAAUGUUAUUGCACAUCUAUGCUGGCAAGAAGGUUGAGGAUGUAAAAUUAGCUGUAAAGGUCAUUCAGCUUGCCCAUAGAUAUGAAAUUGAACUUCUAAAGGUUGGUUUAGUAUAGAAUAAUAUAUUUUCUGACUCUGAUAUUGAUCUCACCUUUUCAAAUAACGUUUUUUAGGUGUUUAUGCAAAAUAGCGGGUAUUAGGUCAAAUUAGGUAAUAAAGCUAACAUUAUUCUUUUCAGAUUCAAUGCGAGCUGGUAAUCGUACAAAACCUGAAGUUUGAUGUUGAUGAACUUUAUGAGUGUAUGCUAUUGGCCAAGAAUUUGGAUUUACCUUACAUAGGCUUAAAAUGUCAUGAGAUGUGCUCUACUUCAACUUUUUGGGCUAUGACAACAAGCUGGCCGAGAACCCAGAAGAACCUGAGUUUUUGUGUAAGAUGGUUGAAAUGA